UGUGGACGUCUCUGAGGUCAAAUUUGACGUCCUCCCGUGCCGUCCUAGAUCAUUUGGUAGAGCGCAAGGCUCUUAGUCUUGUGGUCCAAGGUUCGAGCCCCUGGGGUGUCGACGUCUUGUACUAGUGCUCAUGCCGGAGUGGUUAUCGGGCAUGACUAGAAAUCAUGUGGGCUCUGCCCGCGCAGGUUCGAAUCCUGCUGAGCACGGCAUCGAAUGACGUCAUAACCUCAACAACGCUUGGAGAAGGCGUUUCCGCAGAUCCAAAUUAUGACGUUUCAGAAGCCAUCAUCAUCCUCAUGGAUAUCGUUCCUCGACUUUUUGGUUACAAUGUGAACCCUCAUAAGACAGAUUCGAACCACCCCCUAAAAUCUUGCUCUACUUCUCCAAAUAUGGUUGUCGUUUGUCUCGACUUUUUGGUUACAAUGUGAACCCUCAAAAGACAGAUUCGAACCGCCCCCCUAAAAUCUUACUCUACUUCUCCAAAUAUGGUUGUCUUUUGUUUUCUUUUGUAUCGUCUUGUAGGACCAGAUGUGAAGGUAUCACAGCGAAGAUUGGCGUUCUAGAGUUUGUUCGUUUGACAGUCACGAGUUUGCUGAUCUCGUGGUUUUUCAGAUGGGUCCCUACACGAGUUCUGAUGUCGUGUUCUGGGCGUUUCAAGUGCUAUCCACUUUUGUCUACUGGAAGAGGCUUGUGAACAUGAAAGGUAUGUUGGUAGUGUCGAAGCGUCGGUGUUUGGGGAGAAGGGGCACGCUUGGUCCACACCCACAGCAAUGUGCAUUAGGAAGAAGAUGAAGAAGCGCAUAUCCUGGGCUGUGACAGUCGUGGUGUUGCAGUGUGCUGCUUGAUGCUCUCGCUCACAAACAUGGCACCACUCGAUUUGCCAUUGAAGGAGGCUUCUGUACAUACGAUCCCUUUAAUAUCAUUUUUUAUUAUUUAAGAUCAUACUCGCCAAUUCUCUUGUAGACAGAUGGCUAAGAGCUCAUGGCAGGCCGAAACAACCUGAGCUGAGCGAGAAACAAAAAAUAGAACUGAGAGAGUGUUUUGAUAUAAUUGACUCUGCUGGAACUGGUAUAGUCCUUAAAAACUCUUUCUGUGCCUCUCUUGACGGCUUUUUUAGGCUACAGCUGUGCUGUUCAGGAUUUUACAAGAAGUGCGUAACCCUUUCUUCAAUUUUAGUUUCAUGAUAUGUCUUCAACGAAUGAAGCCAAUCUUGAUCUCUUCGUCUUGGAGACCAUACAUCCUGCCCCUCAAUAACUUGGUCUCACAGAUGGUACUUUCUGAUUCGCUAUCACAAAAUGAUUUGAAGGCGAAGGGGUUGCAGGAGUGAUUACGACUGACGAAGCUUCACUGGCCUUCGCCGUGCUGAAUAUGGAUAUGGGGAGUCCAGAGAUAGAGGCCGCCAUUUUUCAAAUCAAUCGUAACAAGAAGAGUAUGGAGUUCCCUCUGUUCCAGCGAUUGAUACUCUCAAAGCUUCAUAAGUGGCCAGCCGAUGAAUAUGCGCCCUCCGAAGCUGGUAAGGAUGCUCCGUGUGAAUAUACUCUUCCAUUUGCCCUCCUGGCCCAAGCUUACAGGAGAAAGAAGCUGAUAGAAGCAGUGAUGGUAGGCGACAAGCAAACCCAAGACCGGAUGAGCCACCAAUCGGAUAAGGCUUUUAGGGAGCGAAAGGCAAUGCAGGAGCCGUCAAAGCAAGUAAAGAUUGGAGCAAAAGGUGCGGUGCAGGGAAGGCAACCCAGGCUCAAACCACCCAAGCCAACUCUCAAUGCCUACGUCAUAGCGAACUUGGAUCCUGAUGCGAAAGAGAUUCUAUUUGGAGAGAAACGGAAGGACAUUACCGAGGCCAAUAUUGACUCAGAAAGCAAGUUCGUGCCUUUAGCAAACAAGAGUGUUCAGAUCGAUAGACCACCAUCUGAAUUUAAAGAAAUGAAAUCAAUCAAGGCCCAUUUGAUGAAGAAGCUUCCAAUGAUUCAACGAGAAAUGCGACACAAGCCGGCACUAAAAAGACAGGUCCUUCAUGUUCAAGCUAUGAAGUCCGUGCGUGAUAUCUUCACCGCAGGAACCAAGCAGGUGAAGGGUGGGGCCCCUUCCUUUACUUUGCUUUAAUUGGACAAAAACAUUUCCAAUUGGGGGUUCGUUCUUUGUCAAUGCAAGGUUAUGAGCUCCCUCUCACGCUCUCGCUGCGACAAAGAAUUUGUGAGAGACCUGGUCAUACCAUCAAUCGACACCACACUUUUUUUAGUUCAUGACAUGAAUGAUUUUUCACAUUAAAUGAGACAGAGUUAAUGUUAUUCAAGAACUUAAGAGGACAUGAUGAUAGCAACAUUUACUUUGAGAUUUCUUAUGAAUUGAAGACAUGAAUUUGAUAUGCUUGGUAGUUACAGUCUCAGUUGUUUAAUGGUAUUUUAUUUGCAGCAUCUCAUGUUCCUACUUAAACACUUCCCUUAUACACAAAGAAUUUCAUUUAUGUCGGUU